AUGGUGAUCGAGUCAAAACUUCCUCUGAUUCAAAUACCUGAAUGUAGUGUUAUUGAAUUCUUGUUUAGUAACCCUUUCAACAUCCACAGCGAUAAAAAGAUAUUACUUGAUGCCAUUACGGGUGAAAGCUUAACUUUUGCGCAGGCUAAAGACUCUAUUUUGCGUUUUGCUACUUGUCUAAGAGAGAGAUUUAAUUUCAAACGUGGUGAUGUCUUGGCUAUCUAUUCACCAAAUCAAUUUGACUAUUCAGUGCCUUUGUUAGGAGCUGUCGCUGCAGGUGGAUCUACAUCACCCGCCAAUCCUGCGUAUACGCCUAAAGAACUUGCUUACCAGCUGGAAAUGACAAAGGCCAAAGUACUGAUUACUCAUACCGCAUGCUUGGAGUCAGCUUUGGAAGCAGCUGAUAGCGUCAACCUUCCACGAUCACACAUAUUUGUUUUCGGGAAGCAUAUUGUCAAUGGCAUCCACCCCUAUUCACAGGUUUUCCUUUCGCAUACUCGAUGUGAAGGACCAGUUCAUCUAACUUCAAAGGAAGCCAAAGAAACCGUUGCUUACCUCUGUUUCUCAUCUGGCACAACAGGCACAAGUAAAGGUGUAAUGACAACGCAUUCAAACAUAGUAUCCAAUGUCUUACAAUAUUACUCCAUUGAGCAGCAAUUUAUCAAGGGAGCUAAAGAUCGAAUGUUGGGUGUUUUGCCUUUUUAUCAUAUUUUUGCUCUUGCUAUUUGUCUGCAUGUAGCUUUUUAUAUUGGCAUGCCUCUUUAUGUUGUACCCAAAUUCGAUCUGAUAACCUUCUGUCAAAUUGUUCAACAGGCAAAAAUUACUUACACGUGCCUUGUUCCUCCUGUCAUUCUUUUGUUGGCGAAAGAACCUGUCAUUGAUCAAUACGACUUGUCUAGCCUUAAAAUAGUGGUUUCGGGAGCUGCUCCUCUAGGCGCAGAUCUGUCGAAGCAAGUGCGAAAGAGACUACCUGAUACAGUAUUUAAACAAGGAUAUGGGUUGACAGAAACCUCUCCAGUUUCCAUUGUUGAACCGACUGAUAAUGUGAUUGAUGGCUCCACUGGUAUAUUAUUACCUAAUAUGACAGCUAAAAUUGUUGACGAAAAUGGAAAAGAGGUUCGGCAAGGUGAACGAGGUGAAGUAUGGCUGAAAGGCCCUAAUGUCAUGAAGGGCUAUCUCAAUAAUCCCAAGGCUACAGCGGACUGUAUAGACAAAGAUGGUUAUUUCCACACAGGCGAUGUUGCUUAUCAAGAUAUGCAUGGUCAUUUCUAUAUAGUGGACCGUAUCAAAGAGUUGAUCAAAUACAAAGGAUUCCAGGUCCCGCCUGCUGAAUUGGAAGCUCUUUUGUUAAGCUCUCCUCUUGUAGCGGACUGUGCAGUUAUCGGCAUUUACGAUCAUGAGCAAGCCACAGAGCUACCUCGAGCAUAUAUCGUAGUUAAGCCAGGAAUAUCACCAUCCGAAGAAACGGCACGCGCCAUUAUGAGGUUUAUAACAGAGCAAGUUGUUUACUAUAAGCAAUUGAGAAGCGUCCGCUUUAUCGAUGCCAUACCAAAGAGUGCUUCAGGUAAAAUUCUUCGCAGAGUUUUGCGGGACGCCGCUGCAGCAGAACAGAAAAUGCAACAAGAAAAGAAUAAGGCAAAACUUUAG